AUGCCCUCUUCAACUCCAAAUAGUUUAUAUGGUAGUGAAUAUGAAAGUAAAGGUAAUACUCAUAUGGCAAUGGUGUUCACAGAUAAAGUGCAACUGAGGAUUGCUAUAAAGAACACAAAGUGUAGGAAAGGGAUUGCACCAAAAGAGUGUCUUGCCUUCACUUUGCGAUUCCUUGCAAUUGGUGACUCUUUUCCAAGCAUUGAUUUGGUAUUGAAGGUUUCACCUCAGGUGGUUGCCAAUACUGUCGCAGAGGUGUGCAGUGCUAUAAUAAAUGUUCUACAGAAUUAUAUUAAGAUACACAUUGGCACAGGUGGGGCAGUAUUGAGCACAAGCGAUGGGGCAGUAUUGAGAAACAUGAUGAUGUUUAAUAAAAUUCAAAACAAUGAACUUAAUUGCUCUCAAGAAGAGCCAUUGCUAGGCAUCCUCAAAUGGUUAAAGAGGAAAUAUAUUCCCUACAAAGUAUUGAGCCAUAAUGCAUCAUCUGAUAUCAACAACUCCAAGGGCCAAGAAAUAUGCAUGUCUAAUUACUGGAUACUCUGCACACAAGUACUAGUAGGACCGGACAUAGAUAUCCAGGCCAUAACUGUAAGGUAUCCUGGAUCAUUUCACGAUGCUAGGAUAUUUCAACUCAGCGGCCUCAGUAUUCCUCUUGAAGAGGGAUGUAUUAGAUGUGUGAUAUUAGGAGAUAGUGGCUACCCCUGUGAGACAUAUCUUCUGACACCUAUGCUCAACCCCACCACACUUUCUGAAUGAAGAUACAACGAAGCCC